AUGACGAAAUAUAUUUCAGUCAACAAGUACAUGACAGAAGUCAAAGAAGAACUAGACCCAUUCGCUUAUUUGAAUGUUUACUUCUACCAUUUUGAAAAGUCUACAUUUGACAAAGUUUGGAACAUCGAACCAGUUAAGUUUGCUAUUGUGACUAAAAAUGGUGCGAAAUUUGAAGACUUAGACAUAGAAGGUUUGUUAGCAGUCAAAGAAAAUUUUGACAGAAGGUUUUCAAACCUUAAAGAAGGCAAAGCAUACAAACUU